AAAAAUAAUUACAGAUUGGGUAAAAUGGAUUUUCUGACUUUGUAUUGGGCAUGAAUGAAAUGUGAACUACAGUGAAGUGGAAUAUAAUAGAAAUUUCAAAUUCGGGUGGAUAGAAAGAGAAAGGUGUGGUCAUCGAGAAGGAAUCAAUUUUUAUCAAUAAUGUUUUCCAGCUUGAAAGGUUUUUUGACUCGUCACAGGAACAAACUCAUCAUUGGUGGGUUAAUGACAGGGAGUUUUGUAGUGUUAACAAGAUACAGUCAGCGCAAGUUACGAGAAUGGCAAGAGAGAGAGGUUAGAGAGUUGUUGCAGAGAACUCGAAGAAAUCAACACUUUGAAGCGACAGAAAGAUCAUGUAAUCAGACCAUAUUGGACCUAUCGAUUUGUUUGAAAAAUUCUAUUACAAAAACUUUGGACACUGGGAGUGUUGUGCAGCAGCUGCGAAAAGGUUGCAAUGAAAAGAUUGCAUGUUGGAAUACACUGAAAAGCCUAGCUAUCACGCGUACAGCUGUUGUAAUAUAUGCAACAACUAUGCUUGUUGUUCUCGUACGAAUUGAACUCAAUCUGAUCGGUGGACUCAUGUUCAAAAAUUCGCAAAAUCCUGAGACUCAUGAUAACGUAAGCGAGACAGAGAAAAAAGAAUAUCUCUCUAUAUGCAGUUACCUUAUAUCUGAAGGUGUUAAUAAACUGGCUCGACUUAUCCAUCAAAAAGUAAACGAAGUCACGUCAUCUGUUUCUCUCAUGGACAAGCUAACUUUGCGUGAUGUCGAACAAAUUUAUUGGUCAAUUGUAUCAAGUGUUACUGCUGACACAAAACAGGAUCCCAUUAGAAAUGUCACAUCUUAUGUGAUUAAAAAGGGUUCAUAUAAUUCGGCCAAUACCAUGGUUGUCAAAAUGAUUCAAGAAACAAUGGACCUUCUCGAUAGUGAAGAAGUACAAAAUUUAAUGAGAACGACAAUGCAAAGCGGAUUUGCACUUUUGAUUGAUAACAUUUCUGAAUAUUUUAUUGACACAUCAACUAGAAAUAUUUUGAGCACCUCCUCAAAUUCUCUGGCAUUAAAUAGCACUAGAGAAAAAAUAUUUGUUGAUAAAGGUUUGACCAAUGGAUACAUGAGUUUAAAUAAAGUUACUAUGCCAAUGGCCAAAAUAAUACCAAUCAUCAAUGGUCAAGUCAGGGACUUGCCACAAAGUGGCGAUAUAGCCUUGGAUUGGCUUCAAGCCAAUAUAGCCAACGAUAAAUUUAAAGCUUUAGGUGCGAAUAUUUAUGAGGCAUUUAGUUUUUAGAACCGUUUUUUUUACGACACGUCCUCCUUAAUGGACAUGGCAAUUUUUGUAUACAAGGUAAAUGAGAUUGAAAAUGUAUAGUUUACACUCGCAUUGAGUAAGCCGAAUAAAAUAAAAUAUUUUUUUUGGAUCUGAAAAGGAUUUGAAACUUGA